AUGCCUAUUCCAGAGAAUCUGGUAGUGUACAACACAAUCACUCGUAAAUUCUUAAAUUGGUUUAGACCUAACUACGACUUUGAUCAACAUACUAAUUUGAAAGCAAAUAAUGACAACUUGAGAGAAAUACUUUUGGCUAUUCAGUCAGACGAUCUCUGUCGAUAUUUCAAUGAACUUGCAUAUGGUAUCCAGAUUCCUGGACCAGACGAUAGGCCUACUUUGAAAAGGGCUAACGGUAUUCUCUUCGAUAAGAAGGCGAUAUCAUGGUACAUGCGACGAAAUAAUGAGUGGGACUUAGUAGAUGAGAAGGGUAACCCAACUAUAUCACUGGCGCUGAACAAUAUGAUCAAACAAGUUGCACCUUGGGAGCUUCGUGGCGAAGGUUUAACCGUCCAUCUGAUUGAAAGGCUCGACGAUCGUGCUGAUCCAUCCACUUUGAUUUUAGAGUGUAUGUUCACUGCCAAUGGUCAAACUAGUAGGGAUGAUCAGCUGAAAACUGACUACUCAAGAAGUGCACUGACGAGCAUAGUAGCACCAGAUGAGUUUGAGGCAAGGGGAUCGGUACCUGACAUAGCGAUAAUAGGAUUAUGA